GGAGUGGUCGGAAACACUGACUUUGCAUCCCUGAUGACGACCAGCACAAGCGCAAGACUGCAGUCGAGGAACACCAACCGCAAUGCGCUGCUUGCUGCGGACAGGGAGGACAGGCAGCUCGAGCCAGCUGUCCAGCGCACUUGUGGCACGGCUUCUUGCGGCCUUUGUCCUUGGGAUGGCCUGCCUCACACAAUGCGCCAACGCACAGACCCGUGCUUGCGAUGGGGAGGCGUGUCGUGUGAACCGCAACCACACUAUCGAGAUUUACAACCUCAUGGCCAACGAUUUCAACCAGACCGAAUUUGAGCAAGCCCUUGUGGCUGCAGCCAACCUGACGGGCGCGAGUGUCGUGCAAGUCACAGUGCGUGAGGCAGACACCGUCUGUGACUCUGGCACGCCCACUGGCUUUGAUGCGCGCACAGACCCAAUCACGCGCAGCACGUGUUCCCAGGAGCGGCGUCGCCGAGCAGGCAACGAGACGUUAACGACAAUCGCACCAUCAAACACAACCAUGCCUGCAACCAUGGCAUCCAACUCAACAACAGCAGUGCCUGCCACGAUGGCAUCAAACUCAACAACGGUGCCUGCAACCAUGCCAUCCAACAUGACAACCACGGCCUCAAACACGACCAUGCCAUCCAACUCAACAGCAAUGCCCGCAACGACAGCUGUCAACGCAACCACCACGACGACGACCACCACCACGACGACGACGACGACGACGAUGGACCCGUGCACGUGUGCUGAGAACCAGUAUGUGGUGGAAGCAUGCAACGCAACGCAAAACAUCACGAGCGCCACGUGCGCUGACUGCAGCACAUGUGAUGCCGGUCAGUUUGUGGCCACAAACUGCCGUGGCAUGACAGACACGCAGUGCGGCAACUGUACAGAUGGCACGUUCCAGAGCAUGACUGCACACCUGGAAAUGUCGUGCAAGCCGUGCACGGACACGUGCGGGAGCGGCACGUUCCUGGCGAGCGCCUGCACGCGCACCAUGGACACGCAAUGCUCUGCGUGCCCGGACAACACGUUCCAGUCCGCAGACAGCCACAACCUGACCAGCUGCACCACUUGCGACACGUGUACCGCUGGCGAGUUUGCCUUUCGGUAG